GAAGUUAUCAAAUCAAGUUCUGUGCUUUACUGGGAUUCUCUCAGAGUUUAAGGCGAUAUGAACAACGAUUCAAAGGGCAAGUUGAAGGGCCCUGCUGCCGCUACGAUCAACACAUCUUCAAAGAGCCGCCGACAAACCAAUGCUAUAAUCCAAGUUGCUUCAUGCCUGGUUGAUGGUUGCAAAUCCGACCUUAGUCUGUGCAGGGAGUAUCACCAGCGCCAUAAAGUAUGUGAGCUCCAUUCGAAGACCCCAAAGGUCAUGAUUCAGGGGCAGGAGAAGCGGUUCUGUCAGCAGUGCAGCAGGUUCCAUUCAUUGGAUGAGUUUGAUGAAGGAAAAAGAAGUUGUAGAAGGCGUCUUGCCGGACACAACAAACGCCGAAGGAAGCCUCAGUUAGAACCUAUGCCCAAAAGUUUGGGAGCAUUUCUUUCUUAUUACCAAGGCACAGUUUUCACACCAUUCAGUACUCCACAAAUGUACCCACCACCUGUUGUAAAGAACUCUUCUUGGCAUGAGGGUCCUAUUGGCUCCAUGAUCUCUGGAGCUUCUUCUGUUUGCCAACCGCUUCUUGAUACCAACUUUGCAUUGGGAAAUUAUGGCAACAACCACAAAAUGUUCUCCAAUGAAUUCUUCAGUGGCAACAUUGAACCAAGUUGUGCUCCGUCUCUUCUGUCAUUGACACCAGCAGUCCCGGAGGAGACUGGUUUGAGCCUCACAGGACAGGCCAGUUCAAUCUGCUCGGUUCAGUCCUUUGUCCCUAGACUUCACCACUACAAUGAUUUGGGAAUGCAGAAUAAAGCAGCAAUUCCAAACCUUGUUACUGAUGGAAGCAACAAUUCCAAUCUCCUUUGCAUUCAGCAGAUGUUCCACUAGAUGCUAAUCGAUCCCUUGCUUUUCUGAUGAGGAACCAGAGUUCACUUAUGAAAUUAGCUCAUUAGAGAUUGAAAAUGUUUUUGUUUGUAGUUUUCUUAUUGUUACUCUCCUGAAUGGUUAUCUUAUUCACAUUCAGUUCC